AUGCCGGCGAUGCCGCCGGUGCAGGUGAAGAGCGGGAACAAAGAGAUGUGGCCCCCGCCCUCCUGCCAGGCUGGGCUGCCGCCGGUGGGCGCGCCUCCUUUGACAGGCGCCCAUGGCCAGCCCGAGACCUCUGAGCCGGGCCCGAGCGCCGAGUGCUUCCAGCCCUCCCAGCCCACAGCAGCUCCGAGCGGCGCAAGCGGAAGCGGGCGCGAAGGUCUGCAGCCGCAGCCCUGGGGCGGCUACAUCUUUCCGAGCAAGACGACCACUAGCAGUCGCGGCUCCAUGGGGAUGCCAUCCUUGCCGGCCGCCUGGGCCGACCAUCUGCCGACACAACCAGCUGUGUCGGUUCCUUGGACGAAGCCUUCGGGAUCUUCACCUCCAGGUGCCCAGCCGGAGAGCGGAAUUCUAGAAGCUCAGACAGAAACCGGCCUGAAGGAUGCGAAUCAGCUGCCACAUGGUUGGGCCAAUGCCAUGGAUCCUGUGCAGGCGUCAGCCUCCGCACCAGAGUCCGAGGAGUCCGAGGAGUCCGAGGCUGCGUUGCCUGAGGGGGAGCCUGCAUGCGGGCCGAGCCUUCCGCCGGAUGGCAAGGACGAGGACGACGCCUUAUGCCCAGAAACACUCUUGAAGAAUCUGAAGGCCGCUCGCAAAGCUUUGCUUUGGGAGCGAGCAGUCGCGCAGAGGUUGCGUAAGGCCUUGGACAUGGCAGAGGCGUGGGCACCUGCUGACGAGACAACAAGUCAAGAUUCGGAGGUCAGCAGACUGCAAUCCACCAUUGCGCUGCAGAAGCAAGAGAUUGCAGAACUCCAGCAAUCGGUGCAGGACGGAAGUUGCUUGGCUUUAGCUCUUCCGCCCAAAGUGCACCUGGCCAGACGGUUUGUGUUUGAGCUGGAAGCUCAUGCUUUCGGAUGGCCCCAUUCGCAUGCCGUCGAGAAUUCAUGCGAGGUUAUGAGACAUUUGCGCUUACUUUGUUAUCUAAGAUGUUUCUCAAGAUUCGUGCUAUCGGCUAUCAAUUCUCCUACACCGUCUCUCCUAGUGCAGAUGCAGCGGCAGCCACGAAGCAGCCCCUUUUUGGCAGCUAUUGUCUGA